CCUGCCUAAGAGACGCGGUUGGUGGUCGCCCAGGCGUGGCGCCGGUGCCCCAUGUUCGAGGUCAUCCUGUCUGAUACACACGACACCUCGAUGUCGUUUGACGCUGUCAAUAUCCAGGACAUUCGAGCAGCGCGGUAGAUGGCCUUUGGCAAAUAGGUCUGACUCAACAUUUACCAUGUUUGCCCGACGACCCAUCGACCAUGGCGCAGCUGGCGACACUCUGUCCUCCGAGACUCAAAUGGCGACGAUGACAUCGAGUCCUAUGGCCACUCCACUGUCAUCGGCGACAGCAGCGCAAACAUCGACACGAAAGGAACCACCCCCCGAAAAGCUUUCCGACAUUCGCAGACGCAUAUGGGUUAUAGUGUCGUUCUGGCUGAUCGUCCUGCUACUGGGAUUGCCAGUAUGGUGGAAGACGACUACCAUCCACCGAGCUAACCUUCCCCUGAAGGAGAUGCUCGACUGGGCGGAUGGCAAGGCAUGUCGCCCUGUCUUUCCUCUCCGCAUCUCAAUCCAAGCCAACUCGCUCCCGGAGCAAGAGGCCCAGAACCUCCUCCGUCUCACCCAGCACGCCCUCGAUGACCUUAACGACUUCUCGGGGCACCACUUGCGACUGCAACUCUCCUCGCCCGCUGCGCCACAGAAACGGAAUGAUGAACCCGAUACGGCUCUUACAAUACGUCUUCUUCCCGGCGAUGCCGUAACAGCAACGCUCGAUCCUUACGAGCCUGUCCUUGACAUCACAUACCCGCCGAAUGCUGCACCCUCCGCGACAUCAGCUUCGUCAUCGCUAGCGACCUAUGUGGCCGGCCAGCUACGAUCUACCUUUGCCGAGGAGCAAGCCAUUAUAUCCUACCUGCUCUCCAGUAACUCGAUACCGACCGACUACCGGCCUCAGAGCUUGACCCCAGAAGCGGCCGAAUCACUUGCCAAGCGGACGACACGAUCGCUCAAGUAUGCGCCUACAUACCACCUCACCUUUUCUCUGUUCACCAGCGGACCGCUUCCAAGCAGCUGGGAUAUUGAAGCCGCCAUUCAGGACUAUCUGAAGCCCGUUCUAGAUUUGCUGUCGCCUAUUCAUAACUUUACCAUUGAUACCCAGGUGCAGCUGUAUGCAUCGCCAGGAGUGCAGAACCAGGUACUAAGCAAGGAUGACCUCUCAUCCUUCAUCAACGCCGCCGAAUGGCCUCUUUCACCCUCUAUAGGCGGUGCGCCGACAGUGAACUUCAUUGUGUUUGUUGGCAACCAGACCAUUGCACUCUCCUCUGAGAAUGCCCGGGAUUCAGCUGAGGGUGGGUUGACCACUUCCCAGUCAUGGCUGAUCCCACAAUGGGGCACUGUUUACUUGCUUUCCCUCCCGCAUGACACUGCCCAUGUGUCUGUGGAUGCCCUUAAACAGCCUUUAUUGACCUUUACAUCCCAUCUCUUGUCCCUGACCGGGACACCGAGUUCUGGUUCCCUCCCGCUUCGCCUGUCUACGCUGUCCCGCAUCCGCUCGGCAGACCUACUUCUGCGGGCCUCCUCUACUCUCGGCUCCUUGGCUCGUCUUGCCUUGGCACUAAAAUCGAUUUCCAUCCCUAGCAGUGUCGCAGAUGGUGUAUCCAAGACUAUUGUUCAUUUGCGCCAAGCUUGCGAGACCCUUGGCGAAGCCGAAGGCCUGAGGCAUGCCAGAAUAGCCGAGGCUGAGGCUGAGCGCGCCUUCUUCGAGAAGAGUAUGGUUGGCCAGCUGUAUUUCCCGGAUGAGCACAAGGUGGCCGUGUAUCUUCCUUUGCUUGGACCUGUGGCUGUACCCUUGGUCAUGGGGAUGUUGAACGAGUUGAAGGCUUGGAGGAAAAGGAAGAGAGAGGCGGCGGAGAAAGGGAAGGAGAAGAAGAAGGAUUGAGAUACCUCCUGUCCGUGUGUUAAAGAAAACAUAAGCAUUGUAUAAGGUGUUCACUGAACCCUAGGCAUGGGACGAUAAGGAAUUUGGCUCACGUCCGAGUUAUAUAUAUUCAGAGUCCCUUUAGGGAGCCGGUUCUUGACUAUCAUCAUUAUCAUCAUCAGCAUCAUCAUUCAGCCAUCGGCUAUGGUUGAGAGUUUAACUACUUUGAUACACUAAGCCCAGAAUUUG